AUGAGGACCAUGUUCCCAGUUUAUCUUGUGGCCAAGUCUGAAAAGGCGGUGGCCAAGUCAGUGAUCUACUUCAAGAUGUUUUGGCCUGAAACCAUCAUCCAUCCGCCCCCAGUGCCCUUUCCUGUCUCUAAAUAUGCCUCUGAGUCCAUGGAGUCUUCUGACUGGGAUUCUCACACUCAUAAACUCACUAACUUAACCCAUCUUCUGUACUGGCCUCCAACUGGUAGAGACAGGGGUAACAUUUUGGUCUCCACCAGCCCCAAGACCUCUACCUACUACCUCAAGGGUCCUGCCAAGGCUACCUAUGAUCUGGGAGGUCACCUAGAGGCUAUCCUUGUAGCCAGAGACCACAUGGGCAGGCCCAAGACCCACGGUGGGGAUCUCUUUCGGGCACAGCUCCUGGGUCCAGAAUCUAAAGCAGGGGUUCCAGGGGAGGUGAAGGAUCUGGAGAAUGGAACGUACCUGUUAUCCUUCCCCCUGCUCUGGGCUGGGAAGGCUCAGGUGCAAGUGCGGCUGAUCCACUCCAGUGAGGCAGUUGGGGUUCUUCAGAGAAUCUGGAGAGAAAAAAGGGCCACUGUUGAUUUCAGGGGGUAUUUCCAAGGAAAAGAAAGGGCCAAAGAGACCAUGAUCUGCAAUGUGGAUCCGCAAUCAAUUGGAAGCAAAGGGCCUGUCUGUCAGUACAGGGAUGAGGUUUCUGGGGAGGUCUGGUUCUGCACUCAACCCCAUACCUUACCCUGCAAUGCUUUAGUUGGUCAUUCAAGUGGAAGUUACCUGAAGGUGACCACACCACAAGAUGAAGCCCUGUUCGCUGGGAACGUGACUGACAAGCCACUCCCUUCAGGCAUAUCUCCAAUCCUGGUCAAACCAGCAACCACUGGGAAAAGGAGUAGUCUGGCCUUGUCCUCAAGGCCCCCAUGCCGUCCUGGCCACCUGUCCCCAAAGCCCUCUGGUUUCUACCACCAAGACAGAUGGCAUUCAAGGUUCUGUGAUAGCCGUUCCUUCCCCACUGUCAGCAGCAUCUUGGACUGCCUGGCAGGCCGCAUCGUGUACAUGAUGGGGGACUCUACACUUCGGCAGUGGUGGGAGUAUCUUCGAGACACAGUGCCUUCCCUGAAACCACUUGAUCUGCACGUCACAUAUCAGACAGGUCCGCUGAUGGCUGUGGAGACAAUGCGGGGUAUAGUGAUGCACUGGCGGGCCCACAGCUGGCCCCUGCGCUCUCUCCGCACACCAGUGGCCUCCCUGCAUUCUGUGGCAAAAGAGCUGCAUGGCCUAGCUGGGGGUCCCUACACCGUGGUGGUGCUGGGUCUGGGAGCUCACUUUACCACUUUCCCUCCGUCCAUCUUUGCGCGACGACUGGCAGGAAUUCGGGAAGCUGUGAUGGCCCUUCUGGCUCGGGAACCCAGAACUCUUGUGGUCAUCAAACUGGCCAACACUGGAUAUAAAUCCGUUUACGGCAGUGACUGGCUCACACUCCAGGUGAACCGUCUCCUCCGAGCUGCCUUUGCUGGCCUCCAGGUGGCUUUUGUGGACGCCUGGGAAAUGACAUCCAGUCUAGCCUUGCCAGACAACAUCCACCCGGUGAAGCUCAUUGUCCGAAAUGAAGUGGAUCUACUCCUCUCCUUCAUUUGUCCCAUCUGA